AUAAAAGUGUAGUAUUUUUAAAUAAAAACAAAAUUUACAUGUAAAAAAUGUCAAAUUGUCGUAGAAAAAUCCGUGAAUUAGUCUCAGUGCGUAGAAAAUAUGACGACAAUGGUGAAGAAAUUCUUGAUAGUAAAGAAGAUAUUAAAAAAAUACCUUUAAAAACAACUGAUAUAAUGACUGCAAAUGCUGACAGUGACGUCGACGUCGAUGUUGACGUUUCGAGAGUCGAAUUUCGUAUUAAAUCUUCACCAAAGCCGGUGCAUAACAGUAAUCGUAAUACUGUAUUAGAGGAUGAGUUGGCCUCUUCUCAUCCUGAUGAUUUGUUAGCAGCACGCUUCGAGGAGUUUGGAACAACUCCACCACGAACAAGAAUGAAAAUUAAAAAUCGUGAUUGGGAUCGAAAACAAAAAGCGCAGGCGGUUGUCUCUAUAGGGUCUUGUGAGAGUCCUGCAGUUAUGCCCAAGAAAGGAAUGACACGUAUGGCGCGUUCUCGUGUUUUGCGUCGAAACACCAUGGACUGUGCGCUGUUGAACGAAAUGUUCGUAAAUGAGGAAACCAAACGUACUGACAAACGUGCUCAAGCUUUAUUGCGUGACGCAGAGCGUGAAAUAAAAAAUGCAAUGGCUGUACCUACUCCCAAUUAUCAUCCUCGCGUUGUUAGUUUUCAUGAGAGUCCAAAUAAUGUUGAAUCUCUUGACAAGUGUUCGCCUUUACUAUCUGAAAGUGCUGUACGUACAAGUUCAAAGAUAGUAGAGUCAUGCAACCGAUAUAUGUGUGUUUCCUCACGUCCCAUUGGCUGCCGUUCUUCAGCUCCUCCUUCUGCUUUUGGGCAAGGAUUACGUGUAGAUGUUAAACGAACACCUGGUUUAAAUAUACGCAAAGAAUUUCACGAAACUUUUGCUAAUUUAAUAAAAUUGGGUAGUGUGGAUCGUCAAGAAGCAAAACUUUCUCAUGAAGAGCAUACAUGGCAAACGGAAUUAAAGGAUCUUAUUUGGUUGGAACUACAGGCUUGGCAAGCAGAUCGUACUAUGGAUCAACAAGAUAAAUAUCUAUUUGCAGCACGUCAGACCAUACCUGAGCUGCUGACACAAAUUAUUAAUUACACAUUUCAACCACGAUUUAAACGUCAGUUCAGUGAAAUGAGUGUUGACAGCGGAAUUAGUUCCGGCAGUAAUGCAAGUUCACCUUUACCUGGCAAAUAUUGUAAUGGCUGUAUGUCACUUUAUUGCAAGGAUUGUAUGGAACAACAACAAAUUGCCCUCAAAGAAGUUGAGGAACUUUUAACAAGACUUGAAGCAGCUGAAGCACUUUAUCCUUCAACGCUGGCAAUGGGUGCAUUCCAUCCUAUAUACAAAAGUGAAUGUUUUGUAGGGCGUAUAAAAGCUAUGUGUCUUUGGUAUAAUAUUACCAAACAAAAUCAAUUAAAGUUGUGUAUACUGGGAAAAAUACUGGCACGUUUACAAGACAAAUUUUCGUGGCCAGUACAAACUUCAUUUACAGCUACCGACAGUGGUAAUUCAUCGUCUUCCGGCGUGGAUUUUGAUGAUUCUAGUAUAAAUUCAGCUGAAGCUUCCUGCAAUCAAAAUGCACAACAUAAAUUAUGUAGUGUUAAUGUACCUAAAGUGCAGUUUCUUCUUAAUGACGUUUCACAUAUACCUGGAGAGUCAGAGUCCUCAAGUAGUAAUGAAUCCGCUUUAACUGAAGUUUCCCCUUCACCGGAACCCAAACAUAUUCGUAAGAAUUCCAUGCACGAUAUAAAUAUAUUUAGUGUAGAACCUUUGAGUAGUGCUCAUGAUGUAAACGCAGAAAUCUCAUGUGGUCUAUAUAGAAAAUUUAUAGAAAAUGUGCUUAAAUCUCGCGGUCUCGCAAAGGCUUUCUCAUUUUUGCAUAAAAUGCAUAAUAUUGCACUCUAUAAGGCACAUAUAGCACUUGAAAAACCAGGCACCGAAGAUUAUGACUUCGAAACAGAAAUGCUGGAUGAAGACAUACCCCUCUUAGAGCCUGAAAUAAGUCGAGAACAAAUUGAGGAAUUGCGACGAUAUGGCUAUUGGAGUCACGAAGCCAAAACACUUAAUUUACCUUCCUUCAUUCCAACAUUCGUAUUUUUAAGUGGUACUCCCUUACAAUUUAUGCAUGAAUUUUUACGUAUGCGUUUAGAAACGAGACCAAUGAAACCAAAUCCGUUAAGUCUUGAGCAACUGAUGAAAGAAUUGCGUGAAGGUUUAACGCUAGCGUUAACACAUCGUGAAAGGUAUCAAAGACAUAUUACAACAGCGUUAGUAGAAAAUGAAGUUGAAUGGGAACGUUAUAUGGGAAUUCUUAAUCAUUUUGAUGCAACUGUUCGUAAAGUUUUUGAGCUUUAUUUGGACUAUAUUGAUCAACUUGUGUUAGUAACUGCACAGGAAAAUAACCAGAAGUCUGCACUUGAGAAAGAAUGGAUGUUUACAAAGUUAAUAAGUCCAAUGAUCACUGGCAUGCAUACACUAGCCGCUAAGAAAUUUUGCAAUAUAAUACGAAAUUUAUUACGGAGCAUAUCCCAACGACUUGUUAAACGAGCUACAGAGUUAGAUAAUCAAAUAGAUGAUUCCUCUUUAAAUACCGAAAUAGAUUUAAAAUGGCAAUUACUUACCGUCUGUCGAGAUAUUCAAACUCUGUUAAGUUGUGAGAGAGAACACUCUGUGAAAGUGCUUUUCUUUGCCAAGACUUUUUGUCGAGACGUUGAAGCUCAAGAUUUUCAUCGCGAGCAUCUGGAACAUGAUUUAGUUGCAAAUAAAAAUGACUAUAUAUGUACUGAUAUCAAAGAAGCCUUUCAACUAUUACAAAAAGAUGUUUUGGAUGUAAGAAAUAAACUUACUAAAAUUAUCGAACGUGUACAAGAACGCUGUUGUCCUGGUAAUAUGUCCGAUUUGGAUGAUCAGGAUAAGUUAGCAGUUUUAUCACGUACACGCGAAAUUUUACAUCAGGGAUACAAAUUUGGUUUUGAAUACAAUAAAGAUGUUAUACGACUUUUUGAACAGCAUAUUAUGGCUAAUAAGGAAGGAGAUUGUCAGGUAGACUUAGCGCUCGGCAUCAUUGCGUUUGCUAAAAUGUGGAUGCAAUUUGUUACAGAGCGUUGUGAACGUGGCCGCGGUAUGCGCCCUCGUUGGGCUUCACAAGGGCUAGAUUUUCUUAUACUUGCAUGUGAUCCUCAAAUAACACGACAUUUAGAUGAGCAACAAUUUGAAGAACUAAAACAACAAAUGGACUGCUGUAUUUCACAUGUUAUUGGGUUGACAUCUGAACCAGAGAAAAUAGCACGAAAAAAGGCAUCUCCACGCACGCGUAAGACUUCUUCCCCAGCGACUAGUCGUUCACGUACACCUACACGUUCACCUAUGUCAGCAGGCAUUGUUGUUAGUCCCAACACACCGUUAAAUUCACCACAAUAUAAUAAGUUUCUGCACCCACAAUUUAGUCUUAAAGAAGAAGUGUUGCAACAAAACGGUACUGCAACGCCUUCAAACAGUUCGAUAGAUUCUGCUGAUUAUUCAGACGUUGUUAAUGGCAGCAAAACUGGUGAUUUGCGUUUACUUGUACCACAGACACCACCAACCACUGUUACUAAUGGCAGUGUUAACUUUUUGGCAUUGCGGCAAGUACGUGUACGUGAUGCUGUUAAUCGUUUAGAUAUGGAGCUUGAAGAAAAGUUACGUGAGAGAAAUCUUAUAGGUCAAGUUAAGGCGCUAAAUUCUUGUGAUAAAAUUCAAAUUCGUGCCCGAAGUGUUCACUUUCAUUGGCACCGUGGAAUCAAGAUUGGUCAGGGACGGUUUGGUAAAGUGUAUACUGCAGUCAAUAAUAAUACAGGGGAACUUAUGGCGAUGAAAGAAAUCGCUAUACAACCUGGUGAAACCCGUGCGCUUAAAAAUGUAGCAGAAGAACUUAAGAUUUUGGAAGGCAUAAAGCAUAAGAAUCUUGUUCGAUACUAUGGAAUAGAGGUGCAUAGGGAAGAAUUACUUAUAUUUAUGGAGCUUUGUUCUGAAGGCACUUUGGAGUCUUUAGUCGAAUUAUCAGGUGGAUUACCGGAGGGACUUACAAGACGCUUUACCGCUCAACUACUCUCAGGUGUUGCCGAGCUGCACAAACACGGCAUUGUGCAUCGUGAUAUAAAGACUGCUAAUAUAUUCUUAGUCGAUGGCAGCAAUAACUUAAAAUUAGGUGAUUUUGGUUCGGCUGUGAAAAUACAAGCACAUACAACAGUUCCUGGCGAAUUGCAGGGUUAUGUGGGCACGCAAGCUUACAUGGCUCCAGAGGUGUUUACAAAAACUAAUAGUGAUGGGCAUGGUCGUGCCGCAGAUAUAUGGUCCGUGGGUUGUGUAGUAGUAGAAAUGGCCGCAGGCAUGCGUCCCUGGGCACAAUUUGAUUCUAACUUUCAAAUUAUGUUUAAAGUUGGUAUGGGUGAAAAACCUGAAGCGCCACAGAGUCUAUCGCAAGAGGGACAUGACUUUGUUGAUCACUGCUUACAACAUGAUUCAAAAAUUCGUUGGACUGCAAUUGAACUUUUGCAACACAAUUUUUGCAAGUAUGGACGAGAUGAAGAAUGCAGUACAGAACAUUUGCAUGAACAAGCGCGACGUUCAUUUCGCCGUAAUAUGAAGUUAAAAUAAUUGGUAUUUAAGCUUUAAUAAUUUUAAUAAUAAUUUAUCUAAUAACUAUAUGUGCAUUUGUUAUGUAUAUGUUAGUUGUAAAUUUAUUAGACAGGCAAAUUUUUGCUAAGAACUUUUAUUGUUGAUGUUCUAUUUUGACUUAUAACAAACGUUAUAUUUAAUCUUAUUUAUGUAUACAUACCGCGACAAUACAAAAUAUAUAAUUUAUAUAUACUUAAUGAAAGGUGAACAAUAUAACUAUUAUACAAUGUAAUUAAUUUAUUAUA